GCAGGUGAAAUCCGGUCGAUCGUGAUUCACGUUUUGCUUGGUUCGCGCGUCAGGAUUGCAGCAGCGUCUAAUGGGCUGACCAGCUUUUGGCAUUUAUUUGCACUGAGAAAAUUUUGCAAAUCACGCCAAGACGAUGGAGGAUGAGGUUAUGACCUUCUAUCCAACAUGGGAGGAGUUUCAAGAUUUUCAGGGGUACAUCGCGUACAUGGAAUCUCAAGGAGCUCAUCUUCGCGGAGUAGCAAAGAUUGUCCCUCCAAAAGAAUGGGUUCCUCGACGCGUCCCAUUGGCAGACGCACUGGACUCUCUGGGCGAUUUCAAGAUAAAACAUCCGAUUCUCCAGAAUCUUAUUCCGCAUGGCGGAAAAGGAAAUAAACCAUUCUUUGUCGUGAACGUCCAGCAGAAAACUUUACCGUUGCGAGAGUUCGUGAAAAAGGCUGACGACAAUGUUGAAUGGUUGAUUUAUGUGCCAACGGCGAAUUUCAGUCCUCCACCAGCCACGUAUGACGACGUCGAUGCGAUGGAACGUUUAUAUUGGAAGUCAUUGUCGACGAAACCUACGCUUUAUGGUGCGGAUAUUUGCGGAAGCUUGACCGACACGGAUGUCAAGGUACCGAAUGUUUAUUUGUAUCUCAUUUGGAAUUGUCAGCAUCUGCCGUCGAUUUUGGAUUGCCUGAAAGACGAUUACACGCAUUCAACUAUCGAUGGUGUGAAUACGCCUUAUUUGUACUUUGGUAUGUGGAAAACUACUUUUGCUGCGCAUACUGAGGAUAUGGAUCUCUACUCCAUUAACUAUAAUCAUCAUGGAGCACCUAAAUUUUGGUACGCUUUGGCCCCGAGCAUGGCCCGAAAGUUCGAAAGAAACGUGAGGCAGACGUUUGUUCAGGAGUUCAAACAAUGUCCGGGAUUCUUGAGGCACAAAUCGUUGCUUUUCCCACCAACCUGGUUCAAGUUUUACUCAAUUCCGUUUUUUAAGGGAAUUCAACGGGAAGGAGAGUUCAUGAUCACAUUCCCCAUGGCGUAUCAUUGGGGAUUUAACUUCGGAUUCAAUAUUGCUGAAUCUACCAAUUUUGCGACGGAGAGGUGGAUUGAAUAUGGGAAGCGUUGUGUUCGCUGUGUGUGCGAACCUGAUCGUGUCAACAUCAGUAUGGAAGCUUUCGUCCGCCGUUUCCAACCAGACCAAUAUAAGGAUUGGCUGUGGGGCAACGACUUGGGUACUCACCCAGCAUAUCCCAAAGACAGGAAAACGCCUGCCCCAGGUCCAUGUGCCGAAGAUCUCGAAUGCACCAGAAUACGUUCGAUUGAAAUGGUCACCCGUCUUGCGGAGCUGCAAGCUGAGAAAGCCUGGAAAGAUGAAGAAGGGCAGAAAAGAGAAGAUGAACGCGGAAGGAAAGCUGCAGAACGGAAAACUAAGAGAAAUAUGGCAUCGAAGAGGCAAGCUACGGCGAGGAAGCUUUCAGAAUCCGAUAAAAAGCUUAAACUUGUUUUGGGGAACACUGAGUUGGUGUUGGAUGAGAUGAAAUCAGAGGUGAAGGAAGAAAGCUUUGAAGAGCCGGGCCUAGUUUUGGAGUGUAUUGAGGAUGAUGCAGAACUUGGGCAGUGUGAUCAAGCUACCAAAAGUAGCGACAGUAUCAGCGUUAUUGGUAUUGAUGAGGUCCACGGGCAAUCCACGGAUUUCGAAACCAGUGUUUCUGCUAUUGACGAAGAUCCAUCGGCUCACAAGGAGCACAUGGAAGAUGCGUACGAAACAGAGAGUCAGUGGAUUGACCAACGUGUUGAAUUAGAUGAAUCAGAGAGGAUGAAAGGGUCUUUUGGAGACACCGAUUACCAAAGUUCGUGUGGGAAUUACUUGAUCACUCAAGAACCGUUGGGGAAGAUUGAGAUGAUCGGGACUACUCAUUUGGAACAGCCGAAUCAAUGCAGCAGUCCAAUGCCAGCAGAUUAUGCGACUUUGGUUGACAUGGAUCAUAAAAUGCCUGGUGGAAGUCAGUCUCCGCUUCUCCCAGAUACUCCGGAAUCAAGUUGCGAUUCAAGAAAAAACUCCGAGGAAGUGUUCGGAGUGGAGCACAGGAUUUCUCCAUUGGGUACAGAACAUGGCUCAGACAAUGACUCCUUUGAAGAUGACGAGAAGUACAAACGCGCAGUAAUUCCAAAGUUGAAGGCCACUAAGAAAGAAAAGAUCAGGGCAGAGAAUCAACAUCAAGCCUCGUCAUCUGUCCGAGAUGCAGCGGACAUGGAAAAGCACAUGAAGCGAUCCCUUGCACCGUCCCACGGUGCGAAUAAACCGGGUCGGAUCCAAGGCCCCCAGAGUGCCAUCAUCCAUGUCCGGUCGACGCUUGCGAAACCACGCAACGUUGAAAGAAUUGAGCAAAUUAUCAAGGAAAAUCGCAGGGAGUCCCCUCCGAAAGACUACGACGUCUUGGCGCGGAUUAUGUCUCUGUAACGAGGAAUUCAUUUUAUUUUUUUGUUGCGUUGCUCUCUCGUGUUCUCCGUUCGAAUUGUAGUAUUUUGUAAGAAUGUUUUUUGACGGAAUGAUUGCAGUCCGGUGUUAAUUCAAGUGUCCUGAGAAUACCCAUUUUAUUUUAUUUCGAUUAGUUUGAACUCGUCACGUCUUCCUUAGAACAGAAAACUUUUCUUUUAAUAGAGCUUGUCCUGGUUCCGCGCGCUGCAAAGAUUGACGAAACAAAAGCUACUUCGAACUUUUGAAGGAAAAUAUUCUCUGCAAUAUUUUUCUGAAAAUAUUCUCCCCUUCCGGUUUUUUCGUCAGAAUAACAAAAAAAGGAUGAGAACUUUUCCAGUGGUGGAGGAAUGCAAUUUUCUUGCUUCAGUUCAUACGAAGCGUACUUUAAAGCAAAAUGAGAAUUCUCAUCUUUUCAAUUUCCUUGCAUCAGCCUCCCAGUUGAAAAGAAGAAACUUUAGGAAAAAUUCUCAAUUUUUUCCGCAGAAGGUCCGUGGCACUGGGUACGAAAAACUUCUCCCACUACCGGAUGAAUUCUCUUCCACUUUCUAAUCUUUCCAUUAAGAAUAUUUGGCGUGAAGUCGUCUUGCGUGUUGCUUGCGAAAUGUUUAAGGGCACGGGGAACUGGGACAAUACUCGACCAUUAGGACAGUGUUACAGGUUCAGAUACAUUUUUUAUUUUAUUUUUGAUCGCAUUCAAAGGAGUGUGGUCUUGAAAAUGUGAGCGAGGGAUUUCGUUUGGUAACUGCUACUAUUUUAAACUUUUCUGUUGCGCAAAAAUCUUCGCUGCUCAAGCUUUUUUUUUUUUUUUCAAACUUAUUCACGCAUUGCAAAACCCCGUUCUUUAUGCGUGCUUGAUCCCGAUGAGAGCGUGUAUUAGAUUUUUAAUCGCUUGACCUUCGUGUCGCGGAUGUCCGGACGGUCCUUGAAAAUUGAGAUGAUGCACUCCCAAAUUGUACGAUUCUUCGAUUUUUCGUGAAAGGAAUUUUCGGAGAUGGAAAGUUUGAAACGGUCAUUGAUGUUUUUAUAAGAGCAGCUGGUUUUCUGUUUUCUGGAGAAGAUUGACGGAAAAGUUUGAAAGCUGCGGAAUUCGAUCUCGUGUGUGGAAGUUGACAUCCCCGUCGUUCGGAGUGAAUGAUUGAAAUGGUGAAAAAACUUCUUUCGUAGUCAUUCGUCGUUCGAGUUGGAAAAUUUACUUUUAUGGCCUGCGUGUCGGGAAUGAAUCGGAAAGAUAAAAGUAACUGAAUGAAAUUAUGA